CGGCCGAUCAGAAGUUUAUCCAUUGCCUUUGGGGUAUGGAAGGCCAUUCUGUUCGUGAUCAUAGCCUGCUGUCCUGGCCUGGGCUAUGACACAUCUUCAAGCCAUCUGCCUUUCCCCUCCACCAGUGCACUCGAUGUUCUCAUAUCAUCAGGAGACCCCAGCCAUGCCUCCCUUCCAAUCCCACUCAAAUUUGUCCGAUGGGAUUCCAUCUACUUUGUCCACAUCGCACAGGCUGGCUAUGUCUUCGAACAAGAAUGGGCCUUCAGUUAUGUGUAUGGUAAACUCGUCGAUCGGCUCACCUCAGAUGCCUCCAGUGGAGUCGCAAGCCUUGCAGUCACCGCGGUGGUGCUCGCACAUCUUACACAUUUUCUUUCCGUCUUGGCCUUGUACAAACUCUCCAUCAAUGUGUUCGGAAAUGACUCUGUGCAAAAACAACAACUGCUCUGCUUCCUGUCAGCUGCUUUGCAUAUUGUGAGUCCUGCAGGCGCAUUCCUCUCGUCUCUGAACGCAGAGUCGCUGUUCUCUUUCCUCCACAUCACCGGAUUUUACAUCUAUUCCUCCUCUCGCCGAGACCACCAUGUUGGAAAACAUGUUGCGAGCUAUGCAAAGCUCGUGGUGUCCGGCAUUUUGUUCGCGGUGGCAACCACCGUCCGGAGCAAUGGCAUCCUGAGCGGAAUUUUGUUGGCAUACGAUGCCGUCUUGCUACUCCAUAGGAUCGUCUCCCAGCGUUCCCUGGGAGAGCCUACUGUCCACCUGUGUUUUGUCGUUCUCAGCGGCUGUAUUCUUGCCCUGGGGCUAAUCAUCCCUCAAACCCUGGCUUACAUCUCCUACUGUACCACGGAGGAUGUAUCUCGCCCAUGGUGUCAGUUCCUGGUCCCCAGUAUUUAUAGCUGGGUUCAAUCCCAUUACUGGGAUGUAGGCUUUUUUAGAUACUGGACCCUAUCAAACCUCCCCCUCUUCCUCCUUUCUACCCCCAUGCUACUCAUCCUCUUCCUCUCCUGCUUCUGGGCCCGAGGGGCAACUGUAUCUUCCAGCUCGCCUAAGACCUCGCAAGCCAACUCCGAUUCAGCAUCGGGCCCCGCGUCUACUUUACUGACCCAGCUCGCCAUCACGCAAUUUUUACUUGCCGUCCUGGCACUUACGAGCUACCAUGUCCAAAUCAUCAACCGGAUCUCUUCAGGGUAUCCGCUAUGGUACUGGUACAUUGCAUCCCAACUGCUGGACACUCGCAGCCUCCAGUCUACGCUGAAAAGCAGGUCAUACUUCUCGCGGGUCGUCCAGCUGAUGGUGGUAUACGCACUUGUCCAGGCCACCUUGUACGGUUCUUUUCUUCCUCCAGCUUGA